UGCCCAUCUCUAAUCACGUUUACGUAAAUCCAACAACUUUCGGAAAAAUGUCGAAAAAUUUGCUAUUAUCAAUUACAAACUUUGUUAGAACCUUGGAGCGACUGUUCCUGCCCCAUGGCGGACAUCCGACAGCGUUGGCUCUGGCCGGCUUCCAGCACGAACAUGGCAGCACCAGCAGCAACAAACGGACACAGGAAUUCAGUCUAAAGGAACUGAUUGGCGAUGGAAUGCUCUGGGCCGUGCCCAAGCAUAGGCGUUCAGUGGAGAAGCGCUUGAACCGCAAAUUCGGGUAUCCAGAGUACGUGUGGAAGCCGCUCAAGGUGAAGCGAAAUAUCCGCUCGUGCCAGACAUGCGGCCAUGACCAUGAAUUGGGAGUGCUGUGUCCCUUCUGCUAUAACAAGGUGCUGAAAGAAACGGAGCAGAUGCAGGAGAAAAUCCAAGAGAAACUCGGCCUGGAUCCCGUCGACAAGGAGGUUAUUGUGCUGUACGAGGGCGAGACAUCCGAACAGACUGCCGAGCAGCUGCAGGGCAAACGCAUUGUGGAAAUGAAUAAACCCCGUCCCAUGUGGUUCACCAAAAAUCUACUACAGAAAACUACACAGCAGCAGUCUGAAGCCAAAGAGGUCAAACCCUCCGAUCUGGCAUAGAUAUUAAGUCACAUUGUGCAUUAAAACCUACUUUGUUAUCAA